AGAUCGAUGGUGUGUCCGUCGGAGUGGCUAAAUUUGCAAUUAAUUUAAAUAAAUCAAAUAGUUCGUUGUUACCGAUUUUUGCCUUGAUAAUUUGUAUAUAAUUAGGUGCUUAGUCAAUAAUCAAAAUGGGCAAUGAAAAUUCAAUUCCUAUGGAGAUGUGUUCGAACUUCGAUGCUGACGAGAUCCGGCGGCUGGGCAAGCGCUUCCGGAAGCUGGACCUGGACAACUCCGGCGCGCUCUCCAUCGACGAGUUCAUGUCGCUACCGGAACUGCAGCAGAACCCACUGGUGCAGCGCGUCAUUGAUAUAUUCGACGCUGAUGGCAACGGAGAGGUGGAUUUCAAGGAGUUCAUCCAGGGCGUGUCACAGUUCAGCGUGAAGGGCGACAAGCUGUCGAAGCUGCGUUUCGCAUUCCGAAUCUACGAUAUGGAUAAUGACGGCUACAUCUCAAAUGGAGAGCUGUUUCAGGUGCUGAAGAUGAUGGUCGGUAACAAUCUCAAAGACACCCAGCUACAGCAGAUCGUGGACAAGACGAUCUUGUUCGCGGACAAGGACGAGGACGGCAAGAUCUCAUUCGAGGAGUUCUGCAACGUGGUGGGCAACACUGACAUCCAUAAGAAGAUGGUGGUCGAUGUCUAGGCCGUUUAGUUAGGCAUUCAAUGGCGCGAGCUGCUCGGGGACGAUAGGCGAGACUUUGCGGAUCUUGUUGCUGGUGGUCACUGUGGUCACAAGUGGUCGCUUGGCUUAUUGUGCACACAAGGAUUAAGAUUCUGGUUACAAUAUAAUAUAUUAUAGUAUGUUUAUUUCGAUGUGAAUCUGUUGGGAUUUUAGUGAAUUUAAUAUUUGUUUGAGAAUAAAAAACGUGUGCAGUUCACACGCGGUACAAGUGAUAUCUCCAGAAAAAGGUGAUCGAGAUAAUAGGAAACACUGUAUACUGUAUUCUAUCUCAUUCUCUCGCGGGCUAAAUCCUAUAGACGUUUAUUUUUGUCUCUUUUUAGUGUAGAUUUUUCGUUUAUUCGAGUUUCAAAUCACAACGAUUCUAAAGUUUUUACUCCAAAAAAAAAACAAAAGACAGGCCACUUUAAUUUUAUUGCAAAUUGUGUUAAAGUUAUAUAUUGGACUCUUUUAAGUGUAUGAAUUAAAAUUUUGUUUCGAUCGUGUAAAUUUUUGUCUAACAACUCGACUCACAACUUGUGUGAUUUAUCGCUUAAUGUUAGGAGUAAGAAAUACUAAAAGACUAACAUAAUUAUAUAUUUUUUUUAUUUGAUUACAAAAAGCUAAAAGAGGCUUUUCUGCAUAAUUAUAUACAAAAAGUGGCCUUGUGCUAACGUUGUGUUGAAACGACUCAUUAAAUAAUAUCUACACAUAACAUUAUCUUCAUGUUCACUCAACGCUCCACGAAGUAAAUCUAUUGUCUCUGCCUACGUCAUAAUUGCAAACAGCGCGAACUAAUUAAGUCAUUAUGUUAUUCAGUAAACCGUAAUGUUUACAUUUUUGUGCCAUAUCACGUGUUUUGUACAAAUAUUGUCCGAUUACAAUGUUCGUGUUUAGGUAUAUGAUAGUUUGAAAUAGAAUAGAGCGAUUAAAAUAAAAUCGCAUGUUAGCAAUUGACAUUUGUUUGCGCGGGAAAUGCACGGGAAAUUAAAUGCAAUAGAGACUAUUAUGUCACUAUCGUCUGCAGAUUGUAUGAUUCGUGAUUAUACAAACAGUGACGUCCAUUUGCAAACGCUUGCUGGCAAAUUGUAAAGUGCCUCGUCACUUUGUGAUACUCUAUGUUGUAGUCCGAUCGUUUGAGUUGGGCAGAUCGUAAACUGCCCGGGCAUUUAAUGAUACGUCCCCAUUUCAUGAUUGGCCGAUAAUUAAUAACUUUGACUCGUAUUAAUAUAAUAUUAAUGAGUACGAAAGCACAGCCUAUUGAGUAAUAUCAGCGACAGUAGGUAACGGUAUAAUAUAUAAAUGUUACAUAUGAAAUGCCCAGGCUCAUCACGAUCUGCCCAUUUCUACGAUCGGACGACGACAUAUCAAUUUGCCGAUUUGUCUAAUGACGUAUCAUACUAUCUGCCGACGACAUCACCGCCAGUGAAGAAUGGGAAAUAUCGUAAGAAAUUAUAAAUUGAAAAGUGUUUAAACAAUAGAAUGUACUUAAGACGGGCGCUAGAAACUUUUUAAGACAAACCAAAAAUGUGAUUAUGUAGUAGAAGAGCGCGUCCCCGAGCAACUGUUCGCAAUUUCUUAAUUUACUAAACCUAAUUAACACUUAAGACAUGCAUAUUUACUUUACACUGUAGUGUACACAAUAUAGAAACUUUAUUCAUAGACAAAUCGAAUGUAUUUUUAUUAUUUUGUUGCGAUAAUUUUAUUAAUUAGUAUUGUUAUUUAGUAUGUUAUUUGAUUAGGUGUCGGAGUUCAAGUCCAUCUGUACAGUAACCGUAGCUCACUGGCCAUUGUUGUUUUGUUUGUAUCGACUUGUUUAUAAUAUAGUCUAUCUUUUUGUGUUGAUACGCGGAGGAUAUCCGAAUUAUAUAAGACAUCUAAUUUUUAAUCUACAUGCAAUAUUAUGAUCCCAAACCCGUAGAAAAUAACAAGCCUUUUACCUGGUAACGAAGCAUUCCAUAGUUCUCGGGGGUGGCAACACAUAUGUGUUUACUCGUUAGUCAUCUUUGGAUAAAAGAGCAUCUUUGGAAAAUCAAAACGGAAUUAUUUUGAAUUCCAAACUUUAUAAUACUUAUUUUUAACGAAAUGGGUGUUUUAUUAAAACUAUACGUAAUGCUUUGUAUUAGUAAUAAUCUUUGCGUGUAAUAGCAAAUUGUUUUUGUUUCAUAAUUCAAUUUAAAAUUCUGUAAUGUCAGACAGCAAUAAAGAAAACCAUCCAUCCAUUGCAUAUAUUUCAGCCUAUCAAAACUCCACUGCAAAAAAUAAACCUCCAUAGAAUGUCUCAUAUGGGGAUAUUUGCCAUAGUUGGCAAAUAUCCCGUGGCAACCGCAGUUUGUUAUUAUUUUGUGUUUUUAUCAGGGAGAUGAUUUCCCAGUGUCGCCAGUAUGACGCGCGAUAAAUAAAAUGUUGUUAAUAUUUUAUUUAUUUUACAUGAGUUAGUUAUUCUUCAUACUAAAUAAAAAAAUACAAGUCAAAAUAAAUACAAAAAUCAUAUUUAAAUGUUCAUUGUUUUUAAAAUAAUAAUUGUUUUUUAGAUGUCUUCGGAUAUUCUCCGUAACAUUGGUUGCAGUAAGCGUCCAUAUUAUCUCCGAAAAGUAUAUCUCUUGUGAAAAGGGCUGUGCCCAUGUUUUUUUAGCUGCAAUAUUACUGUUUUUUUUUUAAAUUUUAAUAUAAUAUUCAAUAUCAUAUACAAAGUUCAUUAGGUUAUUUGAAUUGAUCGGCCCUGUUCACAAGAUGUGGACUUAAGUCGCAUGUAUACAUUAAAAAUUAAACCUAAUACUACGCCGUAUCCGAAUUUUAUAAGAUAGUACGUGCGAGUGUGUCGGUAGCUUGCAGGUCAGUUCCGGAGACGUGUGAGUGCAUUCUUGAGAACUCCUUUUCCUUCUGUCCUAUAUCGAGUUAGUUUGACUGAUUUGACGGUAGUAGCCGACGUCCCUGUUACAAUUAACUGAAUCAGGCGUUAAUUUUGCGGAAAUUAUUAAAUUAUUAAAAAAUUUAUAAGCUAACCGUCGUAAUGGAAUAAAAUCACAUAUCUUACCUAGUUUGAGAAGCACCUCCCGCCCUGUCUCAAUUGCGUGCACUAUGCCUUUCAAUGACUAAUCCCAACGCCACUACACUAGGAAAGACCACAGACACCACCGUCGACAACACGACACCUGUUUCUACUCUACACGAGGCAUCCUCAGGUGAAGUAGACUGCGGCGGCUGACCGUUAUCUUAGUGGUGACGGGGAUAGUCCACGCAUUUGAUGGAAGGAGGGAGGUGCUCUUCAAACUACGUAAGACAUCUUUUUUUUCACUAAGCAGAUCUAGGCAAAGUAAUUUUUACCAUUUUUAAUAUAAUGGAUCUCCGGAAAGUAACGCCUGAUUCUAUUUAAAACUCGUAUGUCGUUUUAGUUCUCUGAAAAUGUAAAUGUCCAGUUUCAACUUAUUUCAGAUAUGUUUGUUGAUAAAGUACGUUUAUUAAAGUAUUUAAGUAUUGAGGAUAUAAAUAUUAAUGUAAAUGUAAUUAUCACUUCUUGUAAAGCAUAUUGUAUCCAUUGAAUUACUGUAGCAAAGUUUUAUAAGCCUUUGAACACGAAGUUGUCUCGAAUGAAACCCAAUCCCCACCUCAUCCUCUACCGCCAUAAUUCCUCACCUAACCCUUUCUUCGCAGGUACAAGGAGCCCCCAAAUGAGGGGAUCCGUCACCUUCUUACCUUCAGCGCUACCUUGUUGCUAGUUCAGUUUUAACUUUUAAGUAUAUAUUAUAUAUGUCCUUGAGUGCGGCCGAGGGAAGAGAUUGGUCACUUAAUGCAGCUCUGUUAAGUUGGGAAACAAAAUAAUGAUUACAUGUUUUAAGUUGCAAUACGUGUUUAAAAUUUAUAUUUUAAACAUAUACCGUUUUAUUAAAAACUCGUAUGUAGCCGCACCCAUGGAUCAAUAUAUGUCUAUCAUUGUACAAACUAUUUUAUAAUAAGGGCCCGUUUAAUGACGUCCGGAAAUGUACGUUUAUGUCCGCACGUCGGGAAACGUGCCUUAACUUUCUCGUUUUGUGUAAAAUAUAAUACAGUUGUGUUCCAUUUCAACCUUCUAAUUAAGUUAGCUUGGCACUCGACCGAUAUGGGAAAAGACUUGAAUAGUACACAUAGACAAAUUAAAUGGGUUUAUCGUAGGAUAAUGGAGACAAAAUCGGUUAUAUUAAUUUUAAUUUGUAAACUUGGGUCAGAUUUGAUAGCUUGAUUAGGCCAACUAACUUUUUAAAUAUAAUGUAUAUAUACAACAUGUAACAAAAACCCUGCGGUUCCCGUCAAGUGCUUUAUCAGAAUCAGUAUUCAAACGUAUAUAAAUAACUUUACUUCAGAAAACUCUACCUUAAAAAUAUUUGCAAAUUGUAUGUGGGUUUAUUAUUACCCAAGCAUUGGCCGCAGAGUUGUCAAAACCCCGCUUUACCGACAAGAUACUGAUGAUAAUGUAUCUAACAGAGGUAAUGGAUCCUUUAUUAUGGUUUUGCCUUUUGUUUUAGCUUUGGGAUUCUUAAUCAAAAAGUUGGUAAACAAUUGUACAUAAUAAUUUUGUUUGACAUUGGCAUAAUUGUCUUUUAGAGUAGCCGAAAAAUAACAAUUAGAAGAUACGCGUGUCAGUUAGUUCAGAUGUGAAUAACAUUUUUUCACGAAAUUGAAUUUAGUAAGUUACCUAUUGUGAACAAUAAAUCUCUUUAAUAACAACCAAAAAAAAUGUACUGUCAUAAAUGGCAUGCAUAUAUGUACGUCUAUAUGUCCUUGAAAGGAUCACCGGGUUGUUUGUUACAGAAUAUUAUAAUAUAUAUAUUAUAAUUUCGGCCACAUCAUAAUCAAUUUCUCAAGUGUGGCCCCAGCAUAGCUGCAGUAUUGCAUAAUAUCAGAGUGCGAAUAUAUUAAUAUUAAAUGAAUAUUAAAUCUACCGUUGAGUUUUUAGUUAUUUUAAAUUUUUUAAAUCUAUUAGAGUAGCGUCGCGUGUGUUGUUGUAUAUUAGUAAACUGAAUUUAAGAGCCUGAACUGUGGGCGGCGAAGACUGUCGAUUUUUAUUUAAAACUGUAUAUAAAUACAUUUAAACGCACAGUUUUUUAGUAUUCGUUUAAAUAAUGUAACAAGUAACUGCUGCACAGAUUUGGAAUGACUUAGAAUUAUUGCCUUUGUAAUUGUAUUUGCUGAGAAUACGUAAGUCAUAAGAUUUACAACAAACAAGCUUGACGCAGUGUACUUAGGGCUGCUACCCAUACGUUUUAAAGUACACAGUGCUAAAUUUAUAUUUUAUUUUUGAAGAGAUAAUUAUGAUGCAUUUAAAUGUUGAUUUAAUGUCUGAAUAAUAUUUUAUGCAGUAUAUUUAUUGGUGAUCUUAAACGUAAUUAAUUGAUUUAUGUUCGCUUCCAAAAGUGGCAACCCUAAGUGAACUGUGCUAUUGGGUCUGUGCUUGCAGUUUGGUGUUAGUGUUAUUCUAAUUAUCGUGAAGACGGCACGUCGCCGUACGGUUCAGUCGCGGACAUGUUACGGAUCGCGUUGAACGAUCUCGCACUCGAGUAGAUUUUUAGUUGAAAGCACUUGAAUCUUGAGUAUCUAGUCACAUUCGUGCAUUACAUUUUAAUUACAUAUAUACGCGGCGGUACGUUACGCGAAGCGAUCGUUCUGAGUUGGGAAAUAAUGUUGGUUGGCUUAUUGUUGGUCUCGCGUUCUUUCCCCAACACUUCUUCAAUCAAUAAAUCUUGAAAUCUUACCGAGAUUUUAAAGGUUCAUUAAAUUUUAUUGGGGACUUCCGAGACUUCCCCAAUCUUAAAUAAUAAAUAAGAAAGAUGUAAGGGUUAGUUCAGAUUAGUCUGAAAACGUCUCAAAGCAUCUUUGUAAUACAAAUUCCAAUAAAGUUGAAAACUUAUGCAAAAGGUUACUUCCUUUUCCAUUAAAACAAACUAUCUCUUGGUCUUACAUAAUAUUUGCGACUAUUUAAAUUGGACACGAAAGAUCAACUAUCAGAAGAAAAUGCUAAUUUGAGCUAACUCUGUGUAGUGGGGAGGGAAAUGCUUGGACAUUUUAAACGUGUGUAUAAAUUGGCUUAUUAAUAUAUUGGGCAAUAUUUUGAAGUGAGAACAUUGUAACGCUGUUGUUAGUUAUAUGAAUCGUAAAUGUGUCUGUAUACUGGAGCCUUAAGGGGCGGCGUCGGCUCGGACUGAGCGUCCAUUGUACACAGCUUGCGUGCCUUUCUUUACCUCUAAAAUACUAGUACUUCUAAUUUAUAGCUCUAAUGUUGAGUUAUAAGUAAAUUAAUGCCCUUUGGUGUGACCUCAAAAGACUAAUCGUUGCGGGAUUAUGAAAACAAAAAAAUGAUGUAACUAUUUUCUUGAAAAGAAUACAAUAAUAUGUAAGAAUGAAGCAUCAUUUUAAAAUAAAUACUGAAUAUUCUGUGAAUCUAUUGCCUAUGAAUCAUUAACUAAGGUUUAUAUUUAGGUACAGUUUAGUAAUCCCACAAUGAAUUAUGAAUUCUUAACAGCGUGACGCGCCGCCCCGUCGAUGUAAACGUUCAACAUAGUAUCGUAGUCACACUUCGCUAGGAAUGUCUGUAGUAGAAUCGUUGUCGUGUCGUCAGCUCAUCUCCAUCGGUAGGUAGCGUGUCCUAAUUAAGUCUGUUCUGAAGUGGAACUGAAGAUAUAAGUUUUAUUAAAUUUUCAAAUUUC